UCACUUAUUCUCAGUACGUAGACCACUUAGAAGUGUCUGUAUUAAACAUCACCCACUGCAAACAGAAGCUUGUCUGGCCAGCGAUAAUCUUCUCUGACUGCAUCACUAAUCUCUGAGUAUAAACGUAAAUAUUUAUAGGACAGCUUGACAUUAUAUCCAUAUAACAAAACAACAGAGCAGUUCUCCUUCAGGGCCCAUGACCUCCCCACCCAUGGACUUUUGAGCAAGUUUACACUAUCACACAUUGAGUCCCUUCCUGGAAAGAGGUCUUAAAUGAAAUCAGAAACUUGUUUGUUAUAACCAUACCUUCCAUUCAACUCUUACACCAAGGACACAUCUUGACUGACCAGUCGAUAUUGUAGAUUACGGGAUUCACGACUGGCUAGGACACUUUGCUCUCAGCUGCUAAGUUCUGGCUUGAUUUUUUUCUGGGGUUUGGUUGGUUGGUUGGUUGGUUUUUGCAACCAAAUGGUGUGUUGUCGUCAGCAUUAGAGUCCUACCAUUUAGUUCUAAUGGUCAACCAGAAGCAGGCCUCAGGCCAGCUAGAAACCUAGAAAGCAGGUAUAAGAUGUGCCUAAGUUUGUGGGAACUGUCAGUUCAUGAGUGCUGGUGGGCGGGGCGGAAGUUCUUUACCCGCCAUCUUUCUUUCUGGCGCCGGCCAUAGUAGCACAGAGGUUCUGUCAGCUAAGGAAGUCUUGUGGGUCUCAGCCUCGGUAGCAGGGAGAGCUUCUACCCCAGGAGCCGUGAGGCCGCAGGAGGCCCCCGGCGGAGACAUGGACUGUCUAACUUUUGAGGAUGUGGCUGUGAACUUCACCUUGGAGGAAUGGGAUUUGUUGAAUCCUUCCCAGAAGCAACUCUACACAGAUGUGAUGCAGGAAACCUUCAAAAACCUUGUUGCUAUAGGGCAAACUGAGGAAGGCCUGAGGAUUGAAGAUGAUGAACAUUUUAGGAGAAACCUAAGAAAUGAAGUGGUGGAAUUAUUGUAUGAACCCAGUGAAGGGAGACAAUGUGAGGAAAUCUUCAGCCAGUUUCCAGUUACUGUUGUGAACAAGAAAACCCCUCAUGGAGUAAAACUGUGUGAAAGUAAUUUAUGUGAAAACAUACUUAUUGGUCUUCCACCCCUAAAUAUGCAUAACCCCAUUCAAACAGGACAUAAACCAUAUGAAUAUGAGAUAUAUGAAGACAGAGACAGUCUCUAUAAAUUUAGGGAAUCUAGGAAAUCCUUCAUGUAUCCUGAAUGCUUUCUAAAGCAUGAAUAUAAUCACACCAUAGAGAAGCCAUAUAAAUGUCAGCAAUGUGGAAAAGCCUUUUCUUCUUCCAGUAAGGUUCGAAGACAUGAAAGAACUCAUACUGGUGAGAAACCCUACAUAUGUAACCAUUGUGGGAAAGCCUUCCCUAGUCGUGGUUCCCUUCGACGACAUGACAGGAUUCACAGUGGAGAGAAACCCUUUGUUUGUAAGUAUUGUGGGAAAGCUUUCACUGGUCAAAGUUCACUUCCACGACAUGAAAGAAUUCACAGUGGAGAGAAACCCUAUGUAUGUAAGUACUGUGGGAAGUGUUUCAUUUCUUCAAGUACCUGUCGAGUACAUGAACGGACUCACACUGGAGAGAAACUCUAUGUUUGUAACUUGUGUAAUAAAGCUGUCACUACUCGUACUUCCCUUCGAAAUCAUGAAAGAAUUCACAGUGGUGAGAAACCCUAUGUCUGUGAACAGUGUGGGAAAGGUUUCAUCUCUUCUGGUACCUUUCGAAUACAUGAGCGAAUUCACACUGGAGAGAAGCCCUAUAAGUGUAAGGAAUGUGGUAAAGCCUUCACUAUACAGAGUUCUCUUCAACGACAUGAAAGGAUUCACACUAGGGAAAAACCCUAUGACUGUAAGGAAUGUGGGAAAGCUUUUAGUGGUUACAGUUCCCUUCGACGCCAUGAAAGGAUUCACAGUGGAGAAAGACCCUAUGCAUGCAAGCAGUGUGGGAAAGCCUUUCCUGCUUUGGGUGAUUGUCAAAGACAUGAGCAAAUUCAUACUGGUGAGAAGCCCUACAUAUGUAAGCAGUGUGGGAAAGCCUUCACUCGUUGUGGUUCCCUUAGAAUACAUGAAAAGACCCAUACUAGAGAGAAUUCUUAAGCAUAGAAUGUUGAAAGGCCUCCUUAUUGCAUGUCCCUUCUAUAAAUAACAUGACUGUUUACGGAAGAAAACAAGACUGAAUAUGAAGUUGUGAGGGCUGCCAUUAGUCAUAUUAUUAGAUUAACAAACAUAAAGAACAAACUAAGAAUGCACUCAAUAUCAAAACUUGUACAGAAACAUCAGAAACUUGAUUGUAAGAAAUAGUUUUAAAAUUCUGAAAAUUCUUCAAGUAGUGGAGUACUACAAAUGUGCAUUAUGAAAGGUUCAAUGCUCCAAAAAUUACAUAUCCUGGAAGAAAUUUUCUAAAAAUUGUAUUACACUCAUUAGUUUAUUAUUAAAAUAGAUUGGUGGCAUGGCAUAAUUCUCUGAAGUUUGCUUAAGUAAUGGGGCAAGGGUUAAUAGGUAGUAUCUUUUUUUUUUUUUUUUUUUUACCAUUUUCCCUACCAGUCUGAAGAAUUUUGAUUGAUUGAAUGGUGGAAUGGCCUUUUGCGAUGUAGCUAUAGCACAAGUGAGUUGGCAAUAGCUUACAGUACUAGGGCAAGGUUCUCCAGAAGGAUAGAUUUGCUCUAAAUUGUCAACUAAUAUGAUACUGUUUUUCUCCUGAGUCUAGAAGUCAAGGGAGAAGAGGGGGAAUCAUCCUUGGAACUUACUAGCAAAAUGUUUGCUUCCUGUUCUGUUGGUCUUAUGGUUCAACAAAGGGAUGUCCUUCCACUGGGAGGAACAACCAUUCCUUUGAACUGAGAGCUAAGAGACCCACACACACCCCAACCUACCCCUGGUUUACUCUAGGUUCUUUGUACCCUUGAGUUAACUAAAAACAGUAUUGACGUGGGGGGGGGGGGGCGGGAUGAGACUACAAUUCAGCAAUGGAGAUGUGCUAAUUAUUUUUUACUACUUGAUACAAGUUAGAGUUAUCUGGAAACAGAGAACAUCAAUUGAGGAAUUGCCUCCAUUAGAUUGACUGUAAGCAAGUCUAUGAGGAUUUUCUUGAUUUGUGAUGGAUGUGACAGGGCCACUGUGGGUGGUCCACUCCUAGGUAGUGGUCCUGUGUUGUAUAAGAAAGCAGGCUGAGCAAGCCAUAAGAAGCAAACUAAUAAUUAGUCUUCCUCCAUGGUCUCUGCUUCAAAUCCUACUUCUAAGUUCCCGCCUUGAGAUUCUACCCUGGCUUUCUCAGUGCUGGACUAUAAAGUGUAAUCCAAAACAAACCCCUUUCUCCUCAGCUUGUUUUUGGUCAGUGUUUUAGCAACAACAGCAACAAAUCAAACUAGGACAAGAGGAAAGGAAGACUAUUCUUGGAUUCCCUUAAUAUUACCAAGUCUGGUGAUCAAAACCCAUAGGAAGCUACAACUCAGUCCAAACAAGGUAAUAAAUGGCUCAGAUACUUCAAGAAUGAAAUUGAGAGUUACUUCUCAAGGUAAAGAAUUAGCUAAUUUGGGUGUAUGGUGUUUUUAUUUACAAGGUUUUUUAAUACUAAAAUGUAUUUAAAUUAAAAAUUUUAAAACCAAGAUGCUUAGUGCUUACUGAAGAUGAGGAAAUACAAAAUGACACCAGAAAAGAUACUUAAUAAAUAUGGUACACUUGUGAGACCUCACAAAAGUGAGGAUUCCAAUUGUUUUCUGUCUUAUUUUGUUAAAAAUAUGUGUGCUGGGCAUAUGCCUUUAAUCCCAGCACUCAGUAGGCAAAGGCAGAUGAGUCCUUGUAAGUUCAAAACCAACUUGGUCUACAUAGUGAAUUCCACAACAGCCAGGGAUGCAUAAUGAGACCCUGACUCAAAAACAAACAAAAAAAAUAUAUGUUUAUUUUUAUAAUGUGAUGGUUAUUGUUGAUUGCAACUUAAAAAAAUCUAGAAGCACCUGUGAGAUGGGCCCCUGAGCUUGCCUGUGAGCAAUUAUCUUGAUUGCAUAAAUGAGGUAGAAAGACUCACCCCACUUCUGGAAGUGCCAUUCCUUGACUGGGACCCAGGAGUGUAUAAAAGUGGAAAAAGUUAGCUAGCUGAGCACAAGCAUGCAUGCAUUAAUUCAUUGCUCUCUGCUUUUGACUGUGGAAGUAAUGUGAGAAGAUGCCCCAAGUUUUUGCCAUGUUGACUUUCCCCCCAGUGAUGGAAUUCUGAGCUAAACAAACCCCUUUUUCUUUAUGUUGCUUUUACCUGGCUAUUUUGUCACUACAACAGGAAAUGAAGCUAAGACAUAUGCACACAUAUAUUAAGCAACUGGUCAUGUUUUCUUUCAUCUCUUUCUUUACCAUGUAAUAUAUUUAUUGAGUUAAUGCCGAUAUUGGGUAUUGCUAUGUAUUGUCAUAUUUAAUUGUGAUAUAGUAAAUGAAUAAGCUUUCCUAAAGGGACUUUGACACCUAUUCUAAGGAAACAAUGUGUUUUCAGUUGUACAUGAGAAUUAUGUUAGGUAAAAUACAUUACUGUCUUAUUUAGAAACGGUGUAUAACAUAGGAUGUUGUUGGGUAUCAAGUUCAUAAAGGACUUGGAAUGGUUGGUCUUCAUUGUCCACUUGGCUAGUGAAAUGCACCUCUACAUUUUGGUGGGGAAAUUUCCACAGGAGGAGUGACAUGUGGGACAAUGACUUGAAGGGGAAAACCCACACUUAAUGUAGACAACAACUUCCAACAGCAUCCCAGAGGAAGUCUCGGGGAAAAAGCAGCAGGAACAUGCCUGCCUUCCCUUCGGUCUGAGUGCAUCUAUUAAUGCUCCUACGAUCUCUGCUGAUACUAGACUCUAUUUUCUUCUUCUCAACAUGGACUCAAUUCAAGUGACUCUCCAGGCAUUUCCAGUCUUUCAGCCUCAGACUGGGACUCCUGAGGCGGUUAGCUUCUUGAGGUGGGCAGCUGCCAACUUUUCUGCUUCUCUGGUGUGCAGCCAGCAAUGAUCAUCAGUCCCUAUCAUGUAUGACAGUCUAGUAAAAGCCUUCUAUAAUAAUUUUCUUCAUCUCAUUCCUCUGGAAAACCCUGACUAAUAUGAUGUCAUUAGUUCAAAGACAGGAAUUUUUUUCAGUUUGCAAAAUGUAUUCAAUUUAAAAUUUUUUAAAGAUAUGUACAGAAUGUUUUGGAUUCCAUUUGUCUGUUUGGUCUUGGUCCCUGCUACUAAUUGAGAACUGUUUACUUUUUUAAAAAUCUCUGUGUGUGAACAUGCAUAUACCACAGGACAUGUGUGUAGGUCCAAGGACAGCUUUGGUUGUCUUCAUGUUCCAUCUUGAUUGAGGCAGGGGACUCUCUUGUUUCUGCUGCAAAUGAGAGCUGCACUGUGAACUUCUGGGGAUUCUCCUGCUUCCAUCUCCUAUCUUGUCAUAGGAAUACUGGGAUUACAGUUGUGCAUUGCUACAUCCAGUCUUUGUUUUUUUGGUUUUUUUAACACAAGUCCUCUCACUUGCAUGGCAAGUACUUUAUCCACAGCUGUCUCCCCUGACCAGAACUGUAUUUUUUUUUCAGGUGUGUCGUAGGUCUCAUCAUCAAAUAUGACUUUUCUGUGAGUAUGUGGCUAAUUCCAGUCAUCUGGACUAGUUUUAGCUUUUUUAACUUACUCAAAUAUUUUCUACAAUGCCCUGAACACUAUCCUCCAGUAAAUACAGAUGUUCUUCAAAUUUGGUAAUAUUUGCUUCCAUAAACUCACACUGAAAUGAGUUCAUAAAUUGAAAAUGACUACUACACCUAAGUUACUGAAUUUCAAAGCUAAGUUAGGACUAAGUUGAAUAUGUUCAAAUUAAAACAGACUAGAAAGAGAAAAUUAUGAAAAACAAACUAAGCCCUCCCCCGCCCCCAUAGUCUCGUUGGUUCUUUUUGCUAAUAAAAGCAGAAAAUUUGAGAUACCACUGAUAAAACUCAAAUUGAAAAGUUUGGCAUAGUGGUGCACACCUUUAGCCCCAGAAUUUGGGAGGCAAAAGCAGGUGGAUCUCUGAGUUUUAGACCAGCCUAUAUUGUGCAGCCAAUUCCAGGACAGAUAAGGCUACACAGUGUGACUCUGUGUCAUAAAGUUUAAAAAAAAAAAAAGAAGAAGAAGAAGAAAGAAGAAACAACCAAGCUGCCAUGGGGAAAAUAUAUGUUCUAUGACAUUCUUGUCAAAGACAAAUUUUCCUGUUUAAGGUUAAAAUGAUGUAUAACCUUAAGUUUCCAGUGCUUACCUCUCAUUACUAAAUUUGGAAAAUUACUCACAUAAACUGCCUUAAAACUUUGUUUAUAAGACAAAAUUCUUUAACUUUGUCAAGGGCUAUACUCUCUAAGAAGCAUUUUUGCUUUGUUGUUUUCCAUUUGUCUUUUUACUGGUGUGUUUAUAUGGGUGGGGUAAAGGGGGGUAUUUGAGAGCCACCAAAAUCUUGAAUACAAUCCAUUAUAAAGGCAUUUAAUUGCAACUGUCCAUUGAGAAGCCCACACCUCUGGUGACAGCAUGCAGUGCAACUGUGUCUCUAUCCCUGUCUGCAAUGUCAAGCUCAUUUCCAUUAACCUCUAGUUGGAAAAGCAAAACAAAACACUGAGGCCAGUUAGUACUGUUCGUGUGUGCAUGGGUGUGGGGCCAUUUACUGGAGAGAGCAUGGUCACCCUUCCAGGGCCUACUCUCUUGAAAAACAACUGAUUCUCCUUCCCCUACUAGCCCUCAACUGACAAUAACUCAGCUAGAGAUAGGGCUUCUUGUGCCCCUCCCUCACCCAUGUUGGAAGAUUGACUGGCUUGAUCUUGUGCAAAUCACCACAGCUGCUGUGAAUUCAUGAGUGCAGUGGCCAUGUCAUGUCUAGGAGAUGAUGUUUUGCCUCAAUUAUUGGAGUUCCAUUCUAUAGGCUGCCUCUUUGCAUUGCUGAUUGUUUCUUUUGCUGUGCAAACACUUUAUUUCAUGCAAUCCCAUUUGUCUGAUUUUGGGACUUAUCUCCCAUGUAAUUGGAAUCCUGUUUAGAAAAUCCUUGGCUGGGCUGGAGAAAUGGCUCAGUGGUUAAGAGCAUGUACUGCUCUUCCAGAGGGCCCACAUUCACUUCCCAGUACCCACAUCAAGGGGCUCACAACUACCUGUAACUCACCUCUGCCCUCUGCUUGCACAUGCACUCAUGCACUCACCUACACACAGGAAUAAAUAAAUACUUAGAAUAAUAAAAAUAAAUCUAAAAACAAAGUCCUUGGUUGAACCUACAUCUACAAAGGUUUUGUCAACCUUUUGCUACUGCAGUUUCAGAAUUUCUGGUCUUAAAAUUAAAGUUUCUGAUCCAUUUUGAGUUAAUUUUUUAUGCAGGUUGGGAGAGAUAGUGUUUUUAUUCUUCUACAUGUAGCUAUGCAAUUAUCUCAGCACUGGUUUUUUUGUUUGUUUGUUUGGUUGGUUGGUUGGUUGGUUUGGUUUUUUGAGACAGGGUUUCUCUUGUGUAGCUGUGGAGUCUUUCCCGGAACUCACUUCGUAGCCCAGGCUGGCCUUGAACUCAGAGAUCUGCCUGCCUCUGCCUCCUGAGUGCUGGGAUUAAAGGCGUGCACCACCACUACCCAGCUUCAGCACUGUUCUUUUAAAAAGGCUAUCUUUUCAGUAUGUAUUUUAAAAGCUUCAUCAGGGCUGGACAGACAGCUCAGUGGUUAAGAGUGCUUACUGCUUUUCCAAAGGACCUGAGUGUUUCCCAAGACUCAUGUUGGAUGGCUCAAUCAGUACCUGUAACUCCAGCUCCAGGAUAUCUGAUGUCCUCUUCUGGCAUAAAGUCCUGUGGUCCAGAAGUAAUCCUGUUGUCUGAAGUGUCUCCAGGAUGUCGUGCUUCUUUUCACAGGUAUAUGGCAGAUGAUGAAACAAUAUUCUUUUCUUAUAUUCAAUUCUAGUUGUUAUUAAAUUGCUAUCUUUCAUGUGGCAAAUAUUUGCCUAAUAUAUAGUUGGCUUUCAAUUAUUAGGCUUUUCCUUAAUUUUCAUUUUUGAAUAUCAAAUAAGGUAUUCAGAACUUUCAACAAUAGAAAACUGGCCCAGCAGUGGUAGUGCACACUGUUGAUCCCAGCACUCCAGAAGCAGACACAAGUGGAUCUCUGUAAGUUCGAGGCCAGCAUGGUCUACAGAGUGAGUUCCCAGGACAGCCAAGGCUACACAGAGAAAACUUCUUGGAAAAAAAAAAAGAAUUUCAAUUCACCUGUGUAUUCUAGAGCCCAUUCACUGUCAAGAUAAUCACAUGUUGAUCAUCUAUAGCUGCUUCAAAGUUUUUAAACACUGACUUUUUCCUUUGUUUCAGUGAUAAUAAAAACCCAAUUAGCUGGGUGGUGGUGGCACAUGCCUUUAAUCACAGCACUCAGGAGGCAGAGGCAGGUGGAUCUCUGUGAAUUCUAUACCAGCCUGGGCUACAGAGCGAGAUCCAGGACAGGCACCAAAACUACACAGAGAAACCCUGUCUCGAAAAACCAACAAAAAGCAAAAACAAAAACAAAAAUUGGCAUUAUAGCCAAAGUGUGUCUCAUGUCUUAUUUUAUAAUCACUAUGGUCAAUGGUAGGAUUUGUAACUAUUUAAUAUAUGAGCAAAGUGAGAAAGCAGGCUGAGUGAGCCAUGGAGAGCAAGCAGGUUAGCAACAUUCCUCCAUAGCCUUGGCUAGUUACUCCUCCAGGUAUCAAUAGGCAUACAUCACCACACCUUGCUCACUUAGUUAAAUUUUUAAAAAACAAAAAGAAAAAAGUGGGUGGAUGGGAAUAUCCAGGAAGAGCUGGAACAGGGGAGUAGGGUGAAUACACUCAAAAUACAUUGUAUGAAGUCUCAAAGAAUAAAUAAAAACAGGCUAGAGAGUUGAUUCGGCAGUUCACAACCCUUAUUGCUCCUGCAGAGAACCAGAGUUUGGUUCCCACCACCUAUGGUGGGUGGCUCACAAUGGCUUGUAACUAGCUCCAAAGGAUCUUUGUCCUCUUCUGUGGGCAUUGACACUCACAUGCACAUCCCAAAAUACACACACACACACACACACACACACACAUACACACACACACACACACACACAUAAUUAAAAAUAAAAUCUUUAAAAACUAAAGAAAAUAUGUUUUUAAAGUAACUAUAAUAAUUAAACAUAUAUAAAACAAAAACUAAUCCAAAUCAGGAAAUAGUUGAGUUAAUUGAACAGAUGGUUUCAAAAGAAGAAAUACAAAUGGCCAAUAAAUAAACAAAAAAUUCAACAUCCCUAGCUAUCAGGAAAACAAAAAUCAAAACUGCAUUAAUAUUUCAUCUUGUAGCCACACAUAGUAGUACACACCUUUAAUCCCAGCAAUUGGGAAACAGAGACAGAUCCCUGAGUUCCAGGGCAGCCCUGCCUACAGAGCAAGUUCCAGGACAUCCAGGGCUACACAGAGAAACCUGUUUCGCUCAUACACACACACACACACACACACACACACACACACACACACACACACACGGAAAAAAGAAAAAUAUUCAUCUUCCCAGUAAAAAUUGCUAUCAUUUUUAAAAAAACAUGAGCUGGGUAUUGCAGUGUAUGCCUUUAAUCCCACAACUCAGGAUACAGAGGCAGGGAGAUCACUAUCAGUACUAGGCCAGCCUCGUCUACAUAGUAAAUUCCAGGCCAGCCAGGAAUAUAUAUAACAUAUAAAAUAAAAGAAAAAAAAUUGUGCAUGGGGGGGAUUGGAGAGAUGGCCCAGCAGUUAGGAGCCCUGGCUGCUCUUCCAGAGGACCUAGUUUGAGUCCCAGCACCAACAAGGUGGCUCACAGUCACCCAGAGGAUCUGACACUCUUCUGGCCUCUACGGGCACCAGGAUGCACAUCAGACACAGAAAUGCAUGCAAGUAAAACAAAAUUGUAUUUAUUUGUUUGUUUGGUUUUGGUUUUUUGAGGCAAGGUUUCUCUGUAUAAUAGCCCUACCUGUUCUGGAACUCGCUUUGUAGACCAAGUUGGCCAUGAACUCAGAGAUCCACCAGCCUCUGGCUCCUAAGUACUGGGAUUAAAGGCAUGCACCACCACACCCAGCUAAAAUUAAAAUAUUUUAAAUUAAAAUAAGAUUCCUCAAGGAGCACAGAGAGCAAGACAGACUUUGAUACCUAUGAGGAUCGGGUCUGCAACAACUUUGGUGGCCUUAGAGGGCCCCAAAGCAGUGCUAAUGGCCAUGGGUCCUGAAGCCAGGAGCUGCCCGCUGAGCCUCCCUACACAGCUUACAUAGGAAAUCUCCCUUUCAACAGAAUUCAGGGUGACAUAUAUGGUAUCUUAAGGAUCUCAGCAUAAGAUGUGUGGGUAGCCAGAGACAAAGACACUGACAAAUUUAAAGGGUUCUGCUAUGUAGAAUUUGAUGAGGAGGAUUCCCUGAAGGAGGCUCUGAUUUACAACAGUGCACUCUUGGGUGACCAGUCACUUCAUGCGGACAUUGCAGAAGGCAGAAAAAAAGAUAAUGGUGGCUUUGGAUUCAGGAAAGGCGGACCUGAUGACAGAAGAAUCUAGAAGUGACAGAGAAUCUAGAGGUGGAUGGGAUUCUUCCCGGGAUGACUGCUUAAGGGAUGGGCGAGGGGGUCGCCCUUGGGACUAGUUGUUGGUUAAAUGGCGCGCUGCUCGUGGCUGGCCGCGGCCUGUAGCGGCCAUGCUGACGGAGGAGAGUGCUGGAGGAGAGUCACGAGCCAUGGUUACCUUUUUAGAGCGUUAUGGGGGCGGGGUGGGGGGGGGAGAGAGAGGGAGAGAGAGGACAGACGGAAGGAAGGAGCGGAAAGGAAAGAGAGGGACGCACAGAGGGCCCACCCGCUUUUUAGGCUGGGAGGCUAUCGCAGGCUGAUGACAUAAUUAAGGACAGAAUCCUUACACUAGUGGGCAGGCCUUCCAAUGAGGAGUCGCUUUUGAGAUGGCACUCUUCUGUGUAGCUCUAACAUGAACUUCAGAGAACCCACAGAAGAGGUUUUGUAUAUUAAGGACCAGCCAUAGUAUUACACCUCCCAGGGGCCCAGAAGGGACACAACCAGCGGCGUGGGAAUGAAUCCAGAUGCACGGAGCUCUUUCGUCCAGCUUGUUUAUUUGUCCGCCACCAUCAUCCUUCCUAAUAUUCUGCCCGCUUCUCUUGGGACUCAUCUAUAUCUUUUCCAAGCCAGGAACACCUUCAUGUAUACAAUACAACAUAAGAAUUGGAAAGCCCCCACCGAAGCUUCCUCGCAACUUCAUUUGCAACCCAAAAAGGGGUGGAAUUAGAUGGGAGCUGGAAUAAGUCAGAGAAGGAAUUUAUGUCCUAGGAAUAUAUCUUUACUAUGGUUAGGUGAAAACAUUAUGGGUCUAUCCUAAAUGUGCUCAAACCAUAAACUUACAGGUGAUAGGGUAAAGAAAUCUACAAGUCACUAAAAAUAAAACUGCCACUAUUUUUCUCUGCUACCAGUUUUCUGACAGGGCGGGGAAGGAGUACUGAUAGCUAGUCAAUCUGCAGCACAGCUUGAAGCACCAGGUGAGAGGGAACCCCUUUGAUCUAAGAAGUUGCUCUGGGGCAGUGGAAGAUCUGAACUUGAUUUGCACAAGAAGCAAAACUAUACACCUAGGAAGCCAGGCAUUUGGCCUAAGAGCCAGGUUGUCUCCGAAAGGAUAUUUUACCUAGUUUAGGGGCUACAGGCGCCUAGCAGGUGGUCUGGUAGCCUUUCUGUUCCUUGCUUGUCUUUCAAUGCUUUGUUUGGGGCUGGCCCUAUCUUUGGAUGUGGCUAAAAGGAAAUAUUUGCAAAAGGCAGAUACCCAAUUCAAAUGCUAACAGAGGAGUUGGGAGCUCAGAGCCAGAAAGUUUUGCUUACAGGGACGUUAUCCAAGUACUUGGAGCAUAAUGUAAUGCCCCAGAUGGGAGGUUCACACACAUACACACAUUCUGGGAAAAUUAUGAGCACAAGCAAUUCAUAGCAAGACGCAGCUGAAUAUUAAAGCUGUGUAACACUAAAUAGUCCAUGUUAGAUGUCUUCCCACUUGACUGACUCUUGGCCUGGUCAAGGUAUAGCUUAUUGCAUACAGCUGGACUUCUAUUUCAUAUUCUUGUGGCUCGCCACAAAGAGGAAUGGGAACAGAGACCAUAGCUGCAGCUUAAACCUACAACCAUGGCAACACCCUUCAACUAAGUAGCCAACUCCAACUCAGCCAUCUUCAGGUGAGCCAGGCCCAGAGAGGAAGUGGUUCAGAAGGAGCAAGAAUGAGCUUAGGUUGGGAGGGAAUAGGGUAUGGGGAAGCUGAAUUACUACCACACACAGCCUGGUGGUGCCUGGUGGCCCUGCAAGCCCCAGUCCUGCCUGGCACUGUCCUCCUUACAGGAGAAACACAGAGCUUGUGAGUGCAUGUCAGCUGCUAACAAGUGGUUUCUAGUACAGUCUUGGGCUUUGCUACAUCUAGUGCCUGUUCUGUGCUUUCUGUUUUGUUUCUUUCCUCUCUCACUCCUGCCCUCUCCCUGCUCCUUCCCACACCCUGUGGGUGUGGUUGUCAUGUGUGGAAGGUAGGCAGGCAGAGGUGCUGCUUUAAUUCGUCUUUGCCUUCUUUCUUUCCUUUACACGGCCUGGCUAAGCUCCAGGUGUGCUGUCCUCUACUUUUUCUCAGGGCUUCUCUCCAACCUGCAGGUUGACUUCAGUGUUGAUGUGGCUUCUGGGAAAGAAGCCACUGGCUAGGUGACUGGUGGUGACUUGUUGGUAUCUAGUUGGGAUGAGCAUGCAGAAUUGAAGGCAUCUUGCUUUCAAAAAAGGAAACAUGCUGGCUGGUCCUGACAGGCUGCUGUGUUGGGGGUCCUGUCACCUGCCCCAGCAGCCUGUUCAGGCACAGAGGGCUCCUGUCAAACAGUGAGGCCAGAAAGGUUCAGGGGAAUCUGACAUUCUUCACUGGUGGUGACCUGAGUGCCAGCAGCCAUGUGACUUUGCUCCUGCUUGCACUUACGACCAAGAGCAAGCUCAUGCUCUCCCUGCUCUACCUGGCCCAUGGAGGCCUGUAAGGAAGCAAGGGUUGUUGUGCUGGAGCUGCACUGGGCAAGCUGUGCUUGCACUGAGCCUGUGUGCUCUGUCCCUUGCCUGCCUACUCUGCCACGCUUAACACAGAGGCUGCUCCCCACCACAGCUGAAGGCCCAGAGUCUGGUGCUUUAUCUAAUCAGAUGCAUACCUAUUAAGACCUGGGUGUCUAGAAACCUCUAGGCUUGCUGCCUCCUCUGUGGAGCAGACCCCUGCUCCCACAUUGUUGAGCACUCACUUGGGAACAAGGGGAUCAGGCUUUGCUUUUAGCUUGAACAGCUGUGUGUGAACAAAUGGAAAAUGAUUUGGCACCAAAUCCCCACCUGUUCCAAUUGGAGCAGUUAGGGGUCAGACAAUCACUAGAGCCUUAGGGAAGGGGGCUGAGAGGUACAUAGCUUGCUUAUUAGCUAGUAGCUUCCUUCCAGCCUACCCUUUGUCUCUAGGUCUCAGCAAUUUAUAGAACUCUCACUCCUUCCCUUGCCUAUCAUCUUCUUUCUUUGCUUCUGAGAUAAGAACAAUUUGUGUAACACCAAUACCUAACUUGAGACAGACAUACACUGCAUGGUUGUAAUCAAAACUGAUGCUUUCAUAUGAUCUAAUCCGUCUACAACAGAAAAGACAGAACAGGCACUUCCACCCACACUGCUAAGUGCCCGCUGACUCCAAGAAUGGCAUUCCAAACACUUAACACAUCCAUUUCUAUGACAGAAAGUGAGUCUGGAGAUACUGUAUUUUGUGAAUGAUCUUUUAAACAAAAGAGAACCUUACAUUAAAAAAAAAUUAAAAGAAAAAGCGGUCAAGGAUGCAGGGAAGGAAGGAUCCAUAUUCACUACUGGGGGAAAUGUAAACAGGUGCAGCAAUUAUGGAAACCUAUAUGGAAGUUCCUCAAAAACUAAAAAGAGAACUAUCAUACGGUUCAGUUAUUCUACUCCUGGGAAUAUACACAAAGAAUCUAAGUCAACAUACCACAGAGAUACACACAAUGUUUAUUGCCACUUUGUUUACAAUAGUUAUUCACAAUAAGUUAUGGGCCCAACCUGGAUUCCUAUCAACAGAGGAAUAGAUAAAGAAAAUAUACUACAUAUGAAAGGGAAAAAUCAGUAGCCAUCUUGAGAGAUGCUUCCCCCUCCCCUCCUCCAAAGGUAUUUGCUGACCAGCAGUUUUAGAAGUGACUAAAAACUGAACUUAUAAGGCUGGGACAAUAAAUCUAUGUAUCCUGGACUUGGCAAAACAAUAUAUGGGGAGUAAUGGACUCAACUGACCAGAAGUUGACCUUAGAAGAGAGUAGAACUGGAAUAAUAAAUAUGAAUGUAUAUAUCCUGGGUUCAACAAAACCAGGACAUAGGGAGUAAAAAUUUACGUCUCUGUAGAUACCCUGAAUCCUGUUAGCCAUCAGUAACCUCAUGCUUAUAGUUCAGCCAGUAACUUCAAAGAACUGCCUCACCCCUACCCCUCUUGUCCAAUCCCAAGCUGCAUGUAAACUUUUCCUAUAUAAACUCCUUAAAGUGAGUGCUUGGGGCCAUUCUCCAAGCUUGCUUGUUUUGUUAUUAAAAACCUCUGUGUGCUUGCAUCAGA